UAGCCUUUGCCUCAGCUCAACAAUCGUUGUUUGCAGAUUUACUAGAAGUCUGCUAAGGGGGGAAAAUAGAUAUUUAAAGAAAUUCACCAUACUUGUACGGCAACAAACAAAACGACGAAGCGGUUACUACCAAGUAUCUGGAACGCAAGACAGGAUUGAGAGACCAUGGAGGCAGGCGAGGACCAAAACUCUGGCUCUGCCAAUGGCAACACUCAGUCAGGAGGGAACUCCCGCCCCCCUCAAAUCGCUCACAUGUCUCUGUACGAGAGACAAGCUGUACAGGCCCUACAGGCAUUGCAGAGACAACCAAAUGCUGCUCAGUACUUCCAGCAACUGAUGCUACAACAACAGAUCAACACAGCUCAGCUGCAUAACCUCGCUGCUGUGCAACAGGCCACUCUUGCAGCCAGUCGUCAGUCUAGUUCCCCCAGCAACAGCGUCUCCCAGGCCACCAGCACCACCCACUGUACCGUCAACCUCAGCACCUCUUCAGGGGGCACCAUGACCAACCCACGGCCCAUCGGACCUGCCACCUCAGCCACGUCCUCCGGUCUCACUCAGCCGGUACUGCUGGGGGGCAACACGCCUGGACAGGGCCAGAACUUGUACCUGAGGGUCAACCGACCCCUCAGGGCUCCUCUGGCCUCUCAGCUCAUCUUUAUGCCUGGUGGCACGGCAACAGCAGCCGUGGCAACAGUUGCCCAGCAGCAACCGCAGCAGCAGCAACAUCAACAACAACAUCAACAACAACAACAGCAGCAACAACAACAACAACAACAACAGCAGCAACAGGAAGUCCCUCCUACCUCUAUGGGCCAAUCAGACAAUGACCAGGUGCAGAACUUGGCCAUGCGCUGUGUGUCCACUCCUCGUGUGGCAGCGGUGAAGACCGAGUUCCCUGAGAGGAAAGACGCAGCCACAUACGCCAUCCCCCAGCAGCAUCAGCAGCAGUUCUCCCAGGCCGUGGCGGCGGCGGCGGCGGCAGCAGUGGCACACCAGAGCGCCGCUCCUCAGCUCUCCAACCCCAAGCUGGCCUCCUACGCCCAACACCCCAACGCUCCCGGUAUGCCCGGCGGCAUGGCCGUCAAGGGCGCCGGCCAGGCCAACAUGGCUGCCAACGCUGUAGCGGGCGGCGGCGGUGCAGGUUCCGCGGCCACCGUGCCGCCCUCCUCCACCUCUUCCUCGGUCUCUACGGCGCUGCCGCUCUCGCAGUUGCUGCUCUCGCCGUCGGGGCUGUGCCAGGCGCGGGCUGUCACCACCGUCACGCCGGCCGCCACCCACGUCACCCACAUCCUGGUGCCCACCUCCAGCGUGCCCACGUCCUCGCAGGGCUACACCAUGGGCACCAUGGCGACCAAGGCCAACCUGGGCGCCCAGACGCUGGUGGUGCAGCCCAUGCAGCAGCAGCAGCCGCAGGGAGUGACGGGCGGCGCGGCCGACAAGCUGUCGCACAGCACCACGCCGGUGCCCAUCCAGCCCAAGACGGCGCAGGGCCACCGGCUGCCCAUGCAGAUGCCCCCGCGCCACCCCCCUCCCAUCCUCCCCGCUCCACCCAGCAACGGGCAGCCGUCGCCGGGGCACCACCCGCCCCACGUGCCUGUACAGCUGGUCGGCGCCAGGCAGGGAACUCUGGGUAACUCCCAGGCUGUGGCGCUGGCGCACGCCAGGAACUGCUUUGCUCAGGAUGCCAGCGGAACCCUGGGCAACAACAACAACAACAGCAUCAGCAGCAGCAACGGCGUGCCUGCCGCCAACAGCAAUGGAAGUAACAUGGUGGCCAUGGUGACAUCCAUGGAGACGGGGGCAGGAGGAAUGUGCCUUAAGACUCCCCAAAGUGCCGUGCCGGUCAGCCAGCUGCUGGGCAGUCAGCAGGCAGCGCUGAACCCCAACCACUCGUCCUCCACGUCUGCCUCUCCUCCUGUCUCCAUCCCCCACUCCAUGGAUGGACACAACCAUAGCCUAGUGUCUGUUGUGGCGCCCUCCAGUGGAGAGUCUGUGUUUAUGCAGUCUGGACCAACACCGACGAAGCCUGUGAUUGGCUCCCUGAAGAGGAAGUCGGAGUCUGAUGGCCCUAACGACUUAUCAGGAGAGGCCCUCCCUCAUUGCUGUCCGUCAGUGCGAGACUCUGCUCCGCCGCUCUCGCCAGCCCCAUCUCUCGACACAGCCCCAGAAACAGCGUUCUCCUCUCCUCCCACUCUCCUGCCUCUACCACGGGGUGGUUGUCAGGGCGACAGGGCACCCCUCCCCCAGGCUGUGGUAAAGCCUCAGGUGCUCACUCACCUGAUUGAGGGUUUCGUCAUCCAGGAGGGAGCUGAGCCCUUCCCCGUGACGGGACUAGUGAAGGAUCAAGCAGAGGGUUCCAUGUCUAUGGGUGUUCCACCCAACAUCCAAUCAGAAACUGGAGGCUCUGCAGUGUUGAAGUGUGAGUACUGUGAGAACUUUGCUCCGGCCAGUCAAUUCGGAGGAACCAAGCGCUUCUGUUCCAAGACCUGUGCGAAGAGGUACAACGUGAGCUGCAGCCAUCACUUCCGCAGCAGUAGGGGGAGAACGGGAGGAGGUCCACCUCCAGCCCCCCCAGAGAAGGACGCUGUGGCCAGGCGCAGGGGUCCUCGCAGGAGCAGCUCUGAGAUCGCCUGCGCAAAAAUAGCAGGCCGACAUUUGCCUAUGAAGUGUCGCUCUGAGUCCAGCCGAUCUGAGGACAUCUCCAGCUGUGACGGCGAGGAAGAGGAGGAAGACUCCCUGUCCCUUUCGCCUAGCUCCUCCUUCUCCUGCCCUCCCCCCACUCACUGCGGACCCCAAUUGGACGGCUCGACGGGUGGCGGCCUGCCAUUGGAUGACUCGCAUUUCCUAUCGGGCAGUCCCUCCCACUGGAGCGUGGACGAAGUCUGUCGUUUCAUUUCAUCUCUGCAAGGCUGCGAAGACCUGGCGCCUCAGUUCCUGUCGCAGGAGAUCGACGGGCAGGCGCUGCUGCUGCUGAAGGAGGAGCAUCUCAUGUCCACCAUGAACAUCAAACUGGGACCAGCGCUCAAGAUCUGUGCCUCCAUCAACAACCUGAGAGACUGA